UUUAGGGUUGGGUUGGAGUUUAGGGUUUGAACUCCCCCCUCGCCGUUACCAUCUCUCUCCGAUCCCGCUCUCCUCCGCCUCCCCUCGCUCGGAGCUCCGGCCAUGGCGCGCCUCACCCUAGAUCAAAUCGCCCGAGAAACCAAGAGCAGCGGCGGCGCCGCCACCUUCUCCGCCGACACCGCCCUCGCCCUCUCCCACCGAGCUCUCUCCGACGUCUCGUGUUUGAGCGAUUUCAAGAACUUGGAGCGGCUCGAUCUCAGCUGCAAUUGUCUCUCGACACUGGAGGGUUUGUCUUCAUGCAUUAAUUUGAAGUGGCUCUCUGUUGUAGAGAACAAGCUCGAAAGCUUGAAAGGGAUUGAAGGCCUGUCAAAGCUGACGGUGUUAAAUGCUGGCAAGAAUAAACUGCGAACAAUGGAUGAGGUUAGAUCUGCAACAAGCUUGCGGGCUAUAAUUCUUAAUGACAACAAUAUAUCUUCCAUCUGCAAACUUGACGAGCUGAAGUAUUUGAAUACGCUUGUUCUCUCCAGAAAUCCUAUUCUUGAUAUUGGUGAUUCGCUGAGGAUGGUGAAAACUAUGACAAAACUGUCCCUUUCUCACUGUGAAAUUCAAAAUAUCGGAUCUUCUCUUGUGUCAUGUGCGGAUCUGAAGGAAGUCAGACUUGCUUACAAUAAGAUCACGACCAUCCCUGCUGAGUUGGCUCGGAAUGUCAAACUACGAAAUUUGGAUCUUGGGAACAACUUAAUUGAGAACUGGUCGGAUUUAAAGGUCCUUUCUGCAUUAAAGAAUUUGAGGAACCUUAACCUGCUGGGAAAUCCUAUUGCUGAGAAAGAUAACUUAGCUAAAAAGGUCAAAAAUUUGGUGCCAAAAUUGCGUAUUUUCAACGCCAAGCCCAUUGAAAAGAGCAGCGGGAGUGAGAAAAUAUCUGUAGAAAAUAAAACUUCUGAUGAAAAAGAGGAUCCAUCACCGCGCAGUACUGCCAAAAUUGAUGUGCCAAAAGAAGUAAGAGAGAAAGAUUCCAAAUUAGACACGAAGAGUUCUACAAAGUUGGCAAUAGAAAAUGCAAGUGAGGAAGCUAAUGAAAUCCAAGCUGUUAGUGUGACAAAGGAAAAGAACCUGAAAUCAAGUAAAGAUGCCAAAAUAGAAGAUUCAACACAAGUAAAGGAAAUUAAGGACAAAAAAAGGAAAAAUCCAGUGGAUAAAGAACAAAACGAAUUCGAAGGUAUCGAUGAUCCAGAAACACCUUUUGCCGACUUGAUAUUUUCCGAUAUUCAAGACUCGGACCCAAAGCAAAAGCACCAAGAAGCAGUUUCAAAUGGAGAGUCGGUCGACUGGUUGGUGGUAGAUCAUGUAAAGAAGAAGAACAAGAAGGGAAAGGAUAAAAGUGUAAACGUGGGCCCGCCGGCGCUUAAUUUCUUGUCUGCAGUCUCUGAAGUUGGAUUGGGUGGGCCAUCGACAUGGGAUUAGUUAAUGCCUUUCCUAUAAACCUUUGCCUGCAUGCGGUGCACAACGUCAGCCCAUGCCCGGCGGGUGAUCUGUUCAAUAUUGCAUCUCAUGCUUUCAAUCUAUUCAUCAGAAAGAAGAUAAUCUCUAAAAUUAAGGUAAGGCUGCGACUCAUUGGGCAGUGGAGAUUGAACUGUGACUCGGGAUUGUAGGGUGGGUAGCAGGGGUGACGCGUGGGCGCGCAUUUACUUCUUUGAAGCUUUAAGCUUGUGAGGUCUGUUCUCUUCACUUGCAUGCAUUUUGGCAAGUUGAAUUUCUCUACACGAAAUAUUGAAGUGACAAGUGUUGAGCAUUAAUUAACUAAUUGAGUCUGUAGUUUGAUAGAGGAUGAUACAAUGAGAUUCAGUAAAUGAUUGGGUAUAAUUAGGCCUUUAAGUAGUUUCUUAUCAGGCUUGGAGAGGGGGAAAAGAAAAGAAUUCCUUGUAAUCAAUGUUCUGGUUAACUACUAACAGCUGUGGUGUCUUGGAUAUUUGCACUUUUAUUUGACUCUUGUGGUUUCACCUUGUUUUUCUA